ACCUAACCUAUAACUAUAAUCUAGCGUUCUAAGAUGUUUAGAUCAAUUUCAAGCAAAAUUUGCGAAAACCAUCGCUCAAAAAAUAUCUUUUUGUCCACAGCGAGUCAAGCAGGAAUCGAAAUAAACGUCAGAACAUUGGAAAGCGAUCCGUCGAAGCAUACGGUGAAUAACCUUGCGCAGUUUUAUUCAAUACCAAGAGAUAUCAAAAGUAAACUUUUCCAACACGGCGGCAUUCCUAAAACAUUCACUGUGCAAGCGCAAACAUUCAAUGAGACAUGUUUGAUGAUCAGGAAGCCAGCUUUAGACAUUAUAAAUUGCCUGAAAUCGAUAGAUUACUCAAAACCAGUGGUAAGAUUUGUUUUGUAUGGCAAAAAGGGCUCCGGCAAGUCACUAUCUCUAGUCCACAUUAUUCACUGGGCACACAACAAUGACUUUUUGUUAUUUCAUGUGCCUUGGGUUGGCAAUUGGAUGAGAAGAGCUAAAGAGUUUAGCAAUUCAGAAACGAAAGAAGGGUUUGUUAACCUCAAUCUUGAUGCCUCUGCCUGGUUAAUGCAUUUCAAAACACAGAAUGCAGAACUCUUAAAAGAUCCUGCUCUUGUUGUGAAUGAAGACAUUGAAUGGUCUAAAAGGGAAGUCACACAGAAAGGUGCACCUUUACUUGAACUGGUUGAACAUGGUAUAAGCAGGGUCAAAUUUGCUUCCGAUUGUGUUAAUAUCUUGGCCGAAAAUAUUAAAGCUUUGGCGCGGGAUGGUCGAUGCAGAACUUUAGUGGCGGUUGAUGGUUUCAACGCGUUUUUUUAUCCAAAAACAAGGGUGUACACAGAAAAGAAAGAGAUGGUACCGCCGAGUCGUGUGGUUUUAGCGGAAGCAUUCAGGAAUUUGUCUAAAUUUGAUUGGCGAAAUGGAGCAGUAGUCGUGACUGUCGACGAAAUCGCAAUUGCGGAAGAAGAUCAGAUCUCACAUUUGCCAAGAUAUUUGCUGGGAAAGGAUGGAUUCGAGCAUAUGGAUCCAUUUGUGCCCAUCUCAGUUCCCGCCUACUCAGAUAAGGAAGUGCUAAGCUGCAUGGAAUAUUAUAGGGAGAGAAAAUGGGUGACCCCAUAUCCCGGACAAGACGACGAAUUAAGGUUUCUUAGCGCCGGUAAUCCCUACAAACUUAUGGAACUCUGCGCUUCUUUGUAAAUAAAUGAUUUAAUUAAUUGUAAGAUUUUGAGUCAGUUUGAAAAUGUUGCUAAUUAAUAAA